AUGAGUGUCGUGAAAAAACGUAAAUAUAAUAAUGAUUAUAUCAAAAACGGUUUUGCUUCUAUACAAAAAAAUGGUGUUGACCAGCCGCAAUGUUUUAUUUGCUAUGAGAUAUUGAGCAAUGAUUCCAUGAGAGCACCUCGUCUGGAACGCCAUUUGUGGGCAAAGCAUGGUGCAUUGAAAGAGAAGCAGAAAGAAUUUUUUGCUGCAAGAUGUGAUAAUUUGAAACGAAUGAAGUUGGACACUGCUGGAUCCUUCGCUCAGACAUCAGAAAAGGUACUGGAAGCCUCGUAUGAGUUAUUGCGACUUGUUUCAAGGACCAAGAAAAGUCAUACUAUCGGAGCGACACUAGUUAAACCCAGUUUGUUGAAAUCUACUGAUAUUGUUCUUGGGUCAGAAAGUAAACAAAAACUUUCACAAAUACCGCUUUCUGACAGUACUGUGAAACGUCGGAUUGAUGAUGUGGCUGAAGACAUACAAAAUCAAUUAGUCACGGCCGUCAAACAAUCACAGAUUUUCGCAAUACAGUUAGACUAG